AAAUUUUAUGUUAGACAAAGGUUUCUGUUGUUUUUAAUACAAGUAUCUACAGUACAAAACGUUACUACAUUAUGUACUUUUGUUGAUCGAAUUGAAUUUAUUAAUAUUUAUAUUUGUAUUACAAAAGACAAAUGCCUAUUUUUAGAUAAUUUAAAUACUUAAAAGUCACUACGAUGGAUGACGACAAAUUUGCUUUGGUGGAAAAAAUCUUACUGGAUGUGGAAAAUGUUAUGUCGAAAAGUGCUGAGUUAUGUGCUUUCGACAUAGUUCCGGUGGACUCUAAUUUUCGGAAUAAAUCUCCUAUCCUAUAUUUAGAAAACUGCUUGGGAUUGGAGUCCUGGUGUGUGAAACAUGUUUACAUGUACUGUUAUUCAGAAAUUAUGGAUAAGUUUUUUUCUAAAUCUAAACGGAAAGCGGUUAAAAUAUCUACAGUCAAUUCCGAUAGACUUGCUAGGUUACUUAAUUUGACCUUAUUAAUAAACCCUGAAUUAACGUCAUUUUGGAAUAAAAGACGUGAAAUGGUAGUCAAAUCAUUUCUGUACAGUGCAUCAGAAUUACUAUUUACAAAGUUGGUCUUAUCUCGUAAACCCAAAUGUAAUGAAGCCUUUGCACAUAGACGUUGGAUCUUGGAGAUCAUUCUUAAAGGUGACACAUUGCAGGCAGACAAUAUAGAGGCAUUAGUGAAUGAUGAGUUACACAUUUGUGAUCUUGCUGCAGAAAAUAGUCCCAAUAACUAUCACAGUUGGAACCAUCGCAUUUGGUUACUCAACAGACUACAGCAAGCGAAGCAAUUCAACCUAAAUUUACAAUACAUCAAAGAGUAUGAAUAUUCUGAGCGGUGGUCAUCAAAACAUGUUUCUGAUUAUAGCUGUUUUCAUUACAGGCAGUAUUGUAUUAAAAAUAUAUUCUCUAUUAGCAAUGAAAACUGGGCCACCCUCUAUGGUAGUGCUUAUGCAGAUUUAAGAAAAAGUUUUGUUCAAUUAUUGGCUUCAAAUUUCCCAAAGGACAAAACAAUCCAGGCAUCACAAGAGGACUUGGUAACUUAUACAGAAGAGAAUUUAAUCAAUCUCUUAUUAGGUUGCAAAGUUAUAAGCUGCAGCUGUAAUGUAGAUAAUGUCUUACUGUGUAGAAAAAUACAGGUAUUAUUCUCCGAGUUAGUAUUAAAUAAUGAACUGCUAAGGUUUUAUAAAUACCAUGAAACAUUAUGGUACCACAGGCGUUUCAUUGUUCAUGAAAUUGUUGCUAUCAUGUAUGAUUAUUUUGAUGUGGUCAGACAAAAUGGAGUGUUAAUCAAAAACUCUUGUGCCAUUUGUAAUGUUGAGGAGUUGAGACAGAAACAAGCCAAAAUUGUGAAAUAUGACAGUAAUUGCAUUUAUUCGCGUGUUUUGUUUAAGAUUCUAUUAUGUCAUGAAAAAAAAUUCAUUCAGGAAAGAAGAAAUGAUGGAGAUAAUUAUGCGGAUCGCCAUGAAAAGUACCUGAAAUUUGUAGAAGGUCUUAACUAUGUCAUGUAAAUGUAAUCUGUAAACUCAUGUUUGUAUUAUAUUUAAUGCUAGUGAUAAUAUAUUGUAUUCUGAAGAUGUACAUGAAGUGAUUUUUUGAAAUAUGUAACAAACUUAAUUACGGUUAGAAUGUUUAGGUCGGCGGUGAUUUGGAAGCAUUUUAAUGUGAAAUAUAAAAAUUCAUUGCAUUAUAAUUCAUGUCAAAUACAUAUAUAAUUUUUCUUGACUUCAAGUUGAAGAAAUUGUAAAGUAUGUACUCAUAAUAUGAUAAAUUUAAUUGUAUCUGAAAUUUACUUACAGUUAUAAAUUGAUAAAAUCAUUAAUGAGGUAUUCCCGCGAGCUUGACAUUUAUAAUAUUUUAAUUACAUUCAGACAAUUUGUAAAUUUUUAAUUUUCAAUAUUCAUAAGUCUUUAAAAGACAGAUCAUAGUGAUUUAAUCUGUAUAUUUUUUUAUGUACAUAAUAUCUACAUAUGUUUCACAUUCUUAUUCAUAUUUUUGAGGGUUUGCAUAUGAAAAUAUAAUCGUAAAGGCAUAAUAAAAUUCCAUCAUAUAUUGAAGGUAUACAGUAGUCAUAAGUAGUAAUACCGCAUUUGCCUCAGGCAAUUAGAUAUAGUGUUGUAUAUCUCCAAUCUGCUAUACUGUUGAAUAUGGCCUUCUAGUGUCACGACUCUUGGUACUGUCUACUCCGAAAGGGCGAAAGACGUGAUACUGUUUAUUUUUAUGGAUCUGAGGAAUAUUAAAAAAUUAUAAACUAAAUAAUGAAAUUCGCAUAUAUUUAGACUGUGCAAAUGCAGCUUGUUUUUUUGAAAUUGUUUAUUGCACAGAUAUCGCAAUCUAAUUUUGUAGUUUUAUGACAUUCUACAAAGACCGUGAACAAAUCAACGGUAAGAGGUUCAUUCUCAUAACACCCGUUCAGCCGUUACUGAGUCUCGCGCGCCUGUGAUCGAAAAGUCUCAGGUUCGAAUCGUUCUCGUGCCACAUGAGUUUGUAUACCAGUCUUACGCAUGCAAGUUUUCAUAGGCCACUUCUUGUUUCCGGUCAGGGAAAACAUUGUGAAGGUUCGUGUUAGACAUAGUGUUUAAGGGACUGCCGGCCACUACAUGUAGUGGCCACCAUGGUGGUAGUCGUAAAAUGAUGUCGGAUGCCUUUAGGCCACUUGAAUAAAAUCUGACAUUGUAUUACCAAUAUCACACACUCGAUAAGAAAUUGUUUAUUAUUUUAUUUAUAGAAAGGUAAUUAGAAGGAUAAGUGUAUAGAUAUUAUUUUCUGGUUUUAUUUGUUAUCAUUGUUGUAUUUCGUUUAAAUAAAAUACUUUUAAUUUUAA